AUGAUAGCAAGAAUGAUGAAUAAUUUAGUUGAAAUAUGGUUAAAAAGUAAUCCAUCUUAAAAUAAAACAAAUUCAUUAAUGUCUAAAGAUAAUCUCAUUUAUUAAAAUCCCAAUUAUUAUCUCAACUUUUAAGAAGAAUAAGCAAAAAAAUAAUAAAAAGAUAUGUCUGAUGAAUACUUAAGUAAUGAUGAUAAUUUUGAUGAUAAUAAUCCUCAUCUCUAAUUUAAUCCAAUUAUAAUUCCUAAUAAUGCUUUCCUCUUUUAAGCAUAACCAAUUUAAAUUUGUAAAAGUUGUAAUGGAUAAGUUUGGAAACAAUAUUAAUGUACUGAUAAUCAAGUUCAUAUUGGAUGUUCAUCAUGUGGUCGAUUAAUGCCUAAAAGAUUACUUAGUAUAUAUAUAAUUUUAAUAUUAUAGAUGAGGAUGAGAAUGAAUAAUUAUAAAUGAUGUGUUGUAUUUGCAAAGUUUAUGAUUGUAAAUUCUAUUAUGGAGAUUGCAAUAAAGCAAAUUUAAAUAAAUUAAUGUUAGUCAAAGAUAUUCGUGAUUUAGUUUAAAUUCCUCUAAAUUUCAUUAAUAAUGUAGAAUACAUAAGAAUUAUUAAUCAUCUUUAAGGAAAGUAACAUUCUACAAUAUUUGACUUUAUGUUAGAACACUACAUUAAUAAAGGAGACUUUUACUUUUAAUAAAAUAAAUCAACUUUCAAUUUCCCAUUACAAGAUAUCAAUGUUAAAAUUACACCUAACACUGUAAUACUUAUAUUGUAUUUAAUUAUUAGCCAAUAUGUUGGUAAUGUCAUAGGAAAUUAAUUAAUUUCAUAAUUUUCAGAUAUGUACAAUGUUGGAAAUAUGAUGAAGCUUUAUUCUCAUCACCAGAUUGUUUUUAUGGAAUUAAUUGUAGAACUCAACAUAGAAAUCAAUAUCAUGCAGACAAAUAUAAUCAUGUUUGUGAAUAAACUAAAUUCAAUUGA